AUGAAUCUAAUUGUGAAGCUCCGCAGAAGUUUCAGAAUGCUUGUCGUUCUCCUGGUGACCUUCUGCUUGGCAAGUAUUGUCAUUUCUGCCUAUUACCUCUACACAGGCUACAAGCAGGAAAUGGCCAUUGUGGAAACCACUGGAGAAGCGGAGUGUGAAGAUCUCAAGCUUCUACCAUACAGAUCAGUGGAGCUGAAAACAGCUAAGCCAAUUGAUCCGUCUAGAACUGAUCCCACUGUCCUCCUGUUCGUGGAAAGCCAGUACUCCCAGCUAGGGCAAGACAUCAUAGCCAUCCUUGAAUCCAGCAGAUUUCAGUACCACAUGGUCAUUGCACCAGCUAAAGGGGACAUUCCCCCUCUCACAGACAGUGGAAGAGGAAAAUACACAAUUGUUAUAUACGAGAAUAUUUUAAAGUAUGUAUCCAUGGACUCAUGGAAUAGAGAGCUUCUGGAAAAAUACUGUGUGGAAUACAGUGUUAGCAUAAUUGGUUUUCAUAAAGCCAACGAGAACAGCUCUCCAAUUACAAAGCUGAAAGGACUGCCAUUACAUCUUUACAAUAAUGUAGCCCUCAAAGACUGUGUAGUAAACCCUCAGUCUCCCUUGCUGCGCAUUACCAAAGCGCCAAGGGUUGAGAAAGGUCCACUGCCUGGUGAGGACUGGACAGUUUUCCAGUUUAACCAUUCCACCUAUCAACCUGUGCUUUUAACUGAACUGCAGACUUCCAGACCACCCCCAGAUGCAUUGCCAAAGGCUGCUUUGUAUGCAACUGUCAUCCAAGACUUGGGUCUUCAUGAUGGAAUUCAAAGAGUCCUUUUUGGAAACAACCUCACCUUCUGGUUACACAAACUGAUCUUUAUUGAUGCCAUUUCUUUUCUGACGGGGAAGAAGCUCACACUGUCCUUGGAUAGGUACAUCCUGGUUGACAUAGAUGACAUCUUUGUUGGGAAAGAGGGAACGAGGAUGAACAUCAAUGAUGUGAAGGCUUUACUAGAGACUCAAAAUUUACUGCGCACUCAGGUUGCAAAUUUUACCUUCAACCUUGGAUUUUCAGGAAAAUUUUACCACACAGGGACUGAGGAGGAAGAUGAAGGUGAUGACCUGCUGUUGAGAUCCGUGGAUGAGUUUUGGUGGUUUCCCCAUAUGUGGAGUCAUAUGCAGCCUCACCUCUUCCACAAUGAGUCAUCACUAGUGGAGCAGAUGAUCCUCAACAAAGAAUUUGCAAUAGAGCACGGCAUCCCGACUGGCAUGGGGUAUGCAGUGGCUCCACACCACUCUGGAGUCUACCCAGUUCACAUCCAGCUGUACGAGGCCUGGAAGAAGGUCUGGCAUAUCCGAGUGACCAGCACAGAAGAAUACCCACACCUGAAGCCUGCACGGUACAGAAGGGGCUUCAUCCACAAUGGCAUCAUGGUGCUCCCUCGACAGACCUGUGGCCUUUUCACUCAUACUAUUUUUUACAAAGAGUAUCCAGGGGGUCCUCAGGAGCUGGACAAAAGUAUCCAAGGAGGCGAGCUCUUCCUCACCAUUCUCCUGAAUCCUAUCAGCAUCUUCAUGACCCAUUUAUCUAAUUAUGGGAACGACCGCCUGGGCUUAUACACCUUUGCAAACCUGGCUAACUUUGUUAAGAGCUCGACUAACCUGAAACUGCAGACACUGCCCCCUGUUCAGCUGGCUCAGAAGUACUUUGAGCUCUUUCCAGAGCAGACGGACCCUCUUUGGCAGAAUCCGUGUGAUGACAAACGACACAGGGAUAUUUGGUCCAGAGAUAAAACUUGUGACCACCUACCCAAAUUUCUUGUGAUAGGACCGCAGAAAACAGGAACAACAGCGCUUUAUUUAUUUCUUCUGAUGCAUCCUUCCAUUAUCAGUAAUCUCCCUAGUCCAAAAACUUUUGAAGAAGUUCAGUUCUUCAAUGGAAACAACUAUCACAAGGGAAUUGACUGGUAUAUGGAUUUCUUCCCCACUCCUUCCAACAUCACCACCGACCUCCUCUUUGAGAAAAGUGCCAACUAUUUCCAUUCUGAGGAAGCUCCUAAGCGAGCUGCUUCCCUCAUUCCCAAGGCCAAGAUCAUCACCAUCCUCAUUGACCCAUCAGAUCGGGCAUAUUCCUGGUACCAGCAUCAGCGAUCCCAUGAGGACCCCGCUGCCCUGAAAUUCAAUUUCUACGAAGUUAUUACAUCCAGCCAUUGGGCACCCUUGGAGAUAAGGACUCUCCAGAAGAGAUGCCUAACACCCGGAUGGUAUGCUGUCCAUAUCGAGAGGUGGUUAACUCAUUAUCCUGCUUCACAGUUGCUUAUUAUUGAUGGACAGCAGCUAAGAAGUGACCCAGCUACUGUGAUGGAUGAAGUGCAGAAGUUUCUUGGAGUCUCUCCUCAUUAUAAUUACUCAGAAGCUCUAACGUUUGAUCCUCAGAAGGGCUUUUGGUGCCAGUUAUUGGAAGGAGGGAAAACAAAGUGCCUGGGCAAAAGCAAAGGCCGAAAAUAUCCACCAAUGGACCAAGAGUCUCGAGCGUUUCUGUCCAGCUACUACAGAGACCACAACGUGGAGUUGUCCAAGCUGCUGCACAGGCUGGGGCAGCCCCUGCCUUCCUGGCUGAGACAGGAGCUGCAGAAAGUCAGGUAG